AUGCCUGACGCGACCGGUGGAAAGAUCCAGCUCAAGAGCAGGUUGCUUAAUUUUCAUGCACCUCCUUUUAAGGUCUCUCACACAAUAGGAUCUCUUUAUACUGGCGGCAAGGCAGAUAUCACAGCAGAUGAAAAUUUAUUGAUUACCACGGUUGGAGAUUGCAUUGAUAUUACAGAUAUUCACAAUGGAAAAAGGGUGUUUCGAUUAAGUGGUGAUAGCGAGAUAAUUACUACGUUUGCCAUAACACCCAAUGGAAAAGAGCUCGUGAGCUCGAGUAGAAGCUUAGGUGUAAAAAUAUGGGAUUUGACAACGGGAAAAAUAAAAAGGUCUUUUAAGGCGCACGAAGCACCUAUAAUAAUAAUGGAUAUUGAUGCUACCUCAACAUUGGUGGCAACGGGAUCUGCAGACAGUACAAUCAAAAUAUGGGAUAUUGAUGGCGGUUUUUGUACACAUAAUUUUAAAGGUCAUGGAGGAAUUGUUAGUGCCUUGAAAUUUUACUCCGAAAAUGAUCGAUGGACAUUAAUAUCGGGAUCCGAUGAUUGUAAUAUUCGCAUAUGGGAUUUACAAAGUCGAACAUGCGUUGGUGUGUUAAAAAGUCACGUCAGUAUAAUAAGAGGAUUAGAUGUAACGCAUGAUGGAAAAUUCAUAAUAAGUGGUGCGAGAGAUAAAGUAGUGAAUAUCUGGGAUUUUAAUAAAAAGACAUUGGUUAAAACAUUUCUGAUGUAUGAGUCAAUAGAAAAGUUAGGAAUAUUGCAACCUCAAACAACAAUUGAUGAUAUCGAGGAUUCUUCUGUAGGGGAAAUGUUUUAUACUGGUGGUGAAAAAGGAAUAAUUAGGAUUUGGGAUGUACAGACUGGCAAACUUAUUAAAUCACAGGAACCAGAAAAGAAUACCAAUCAUACUAUUACAGAUAUCAUAUACCUCCGUAAAAGCAAUAUCUUGGCAGCUGUUACCAAUGAUCAAAAUAUUUUGUUCUAUCAAAUCGCUACUAGUCUUAAGCGCAUUAAACAAAUUGUAGGUCACAACGACGAGGUCAUCGACCUUGUAUACGUCGGUCAAGAUGAAUCUCAUCUUGCCGUAGCAACAAAUACCGAACAAAUACGACUAUAUAAUGCGCAAUCUUUCGAUUGUAGCAUAGUAUACGGUCAUAAAGACAUCGUAAUUUGUUUAUCUCGUUCUCAUGAUGGCAAGAUGUUGAUAUCUGGUUCUAAAGAUUGUACUGCAAAGAUAUGGAAUGUUGAUGUAGACAAUGAGAAUCAUGAAGAAAGGGUUAAAUGUAUUGGUGUGUGUAUUGGUCAUACGGAAGCAAUUGGAGCUAUUGCAUUGCCAACAAAGAAAGGAAAUUUCUGCAUUACGGGUAGCCAGGACCGCACCAUAAAGCUUUGGGACUUGAACCCUUUGGAUCCUACGAAGUCUGAGGAGAACUUUAAACUAAAAGCAUUGUAUACACAUCACGCCCACGAAAAAGAUAUCAAUUCCAUAGCGAUUGCCUCAAAUAACAAGAUAUAUGCCACAGGAUCACAGGAUAAGACUAUUAAAAUUUGGUCUGUCGAAGAUGGAAGUUUGCUUGGAACUUGUGUGGGUCACAAACGUGGUGUUUGGUCCGUACAUUUUUCACCAGUAGAUCAUACUUUUGUUUCCAGUUCUGGUGAUAAAACUAUCAAGAUCUGGUCGUCUACAGAUUUUUCAUGCUUAAAGACAUUUGAAGGUCAUACUAACUCUGUUCUCAAAGUAUCGUUCUUGACAUCAGGAUUACAAUUGAUAUCCUGUGGUUCAGAUGGUCUCCUUAAACUUUGGACUAUAAAAUCAAAUGAAUGCGUAACCACGUUGGAUAAUCAUACCGAGAAAAUAUGGGCAAUGGCAGUGCGUAAAGACGAAAAAUUUAUUGCAUCAGGUGGUGCUGAUUCCUUAAUAAAUUUUUGGGAAGAUUGCACUAUUGAGGAAAUGGAACAACGUAUAAAGGAAGAGGAGGAGUUGAUUGUGAAAGAACAAGAUUUAUCGAAUUACUUAAUGAAGAAAGACUACAAAAAUGCCAUUGUUCUUGCAUUAGCUUUGAACCAACCAUUUAGGCUACUAAACCUCUUUACAGAAAUUAUAAAUAACCGCCCUGAAGGAGACACGAGCAUAACGGGAUCAAAGCCUAUAGAUAACAUAAUUGCCACCUUAUCUAUAGAAAAUAUCGAGCAGAUGCUUAAAUAUAUAAGAGAUUGGAAUACCAAUGCAAAAAAGUCAGGAACCGCACAAACUGUAUUAAACGUUAUUUUAAAAAAUUUUUCAUCCGAGGAGUUACUGAAGAUACCAGAUAUUAAAGGGUUGUUGGAUGGAUUGUUACCAUAUACAGAGAGACAUUAUCAACGUUUGGAUCGUAUGCUCACAGACUCGUACAUUGUUGACUAUACAUUGCAUGCGAUGGACUUAUUGGACCCUCUUAAUGGAAAUAAAAUGGAAAUUGAUGAAUGA